CCCCACUUAGAACGCAGUUGCUAUCGGCCAACUGUUCCCCCGAUUGUCGCGGUGCAAGUGUGUUCCGGGAUAUAUCUAAAAAUCAACUGUAUGGAUAUUAAAUAUAAACAAAACAACAAAUACUUUACUAAAGUAUGAAUGCACCUCCCGAAUUGGAUACGGUCUAUCAGGCCGUUUACUCGUUGUACAAUAAUCCAGAUCCAACGGAGAAGGAAAAAGCGUCAUUGUGGCUGGGAGAAUUGCAAAAAUCUGUGUAUGCAUGGAAAAUAUCAGAUGAAAUGCUGCAGCAGAAGCGGGACUUGGAGUCCUGCUACUUCGCAGCCCAAACAAUGCGUACUAAAAUACAAUUGUCCUUUCACGAAUUGCCCCCGGAAUCACACACAUCCCUCCGUGAUUCACUGCUGGAUCACAUAUCGCAGAUCAACGAACAUACCAAUAGCAUUAUCGUGACCCAACUGUGUGUUGCACUAGCUGAUUUAGCGUUAAAAAUGCCAUCGUGGCACAAACCAAUAGUGGAUGUAAUUAAUAGAUUUGGUAACAAUGCCGGUAGCCUUUGGCCAUUGCUGGAAAUCAUGACGGUACUUCCUGAAGAAGCUAUAUCCAGAUCCAACAGAUUAGGAGCUAAUAGGCGGCACAAUGUCUUUGUUGAAAUGUCAUCGUGUGCUGAUACAGUAACUGAAUUCCUGAAAGCGUGUGUCCAAAAUGGAGGUGAUAAUGUACAAAUUCACAUAAGAAUACUAAGAUGCCUAACGUCCUGGAUAAAAGUCCACGCCAUGUCUCUAGAAACGAUACCAAACGGUGAAGUGGCCACCUACGCGUUCGAGGUCCUGCGUAAUCAUCUGUCGAAUCCCCAGCUCCACGAAGCAGCGACGGACUGUGUCUGCAUGAUUCUCCAAAUUCUAGAGGAGGAUUACGAGCGAACGAGCAGUGACCACAAUGCCCACCUCCAGCAGCUCCAACUAGGUCUCUUCACCAGUGUAAUGUCUCUUGAGCAGCCUUAUCACCUGUCAGUGGCUCACGAGGAGAUGGAGAAAUCCAUGAAUUACUGUCGUAUCUUCACUGAACUAGCAGAAACCUUUCUGAAUCGAAUGGUUGUGGGUAGUAUGGAUGGUACCCAACAUUACGCCAUUAGAAUACUCAAUCUAGUCCUGAUGUGUGUCGGUCACCACGACUACGAAGUCGCCCAGAUAACAUUUAACCUGUGGUACCGAUUGUCCGAGGUUCUUUACCGUAAAAAUAGUGAACGAUUGAAUUCAAUGUUCAGUCCUUACAUAGAGAGAUUGAUAGCUGCCCUGUGCAAGCACUGUCAGAUGGAGCCAGACCACCUGGGCCUAGUGGAAGAGGGCAGUGGUGGUGAAGAUUUCGCUGAUUUUCGAAGUCGUGUCUCCGAACUGAUAAAAGAUGUUGUUUUUCUCGUGGGUAGUAGCCACUGCUUUCGCCAGAUGUUCUCAACUCUGACAUGCAACAACAGUCAGGAACAGUCAAGGCCCCCCACGUGGGACUCAACAGAGGCUGCUCUGUACAUAAUGCAAGCUGUUGCCAAGAAUAUUCUCCCGGAGGAGAACGACGUUGUUCCAAAAGUCGUUGAGGCCAUUCUUAAUGUUCCAGAAAAUACUCACAUUGCUGUCAAACAUACGAGUAUUCUCCUCCUCGGUGAAUUGUGCGAGUGGAUAAACAGUCAUCCACGAUCACUCGAGCCAAUUCUAAAUUUCCUGUUGACGUGUUUAAAUCAACGAGGACUUGCCAGUGCAGCAUCUGGUGCAUUGCAUAGCAUCUGUACAGCCUGUCCCCUACAUAUGGCGUCUCAUUUUCCAGGAUUACUACAGAUAGCAAGAUCACUGGACAGUUUUCCCAUCAGCAGUGAAGCAGCUCUUGGAUUGAUAAAGGGUGUCACGGUGAUAUUAUCUAUAUUACCAAGAAAUGAAGUGGCCCCAGCCAUGAAGGAACUGUGCUGGAUACAAGCAAGACCACUUUGUGAAUUAAUGGAGGCACAGGGAAUACCCAUUGACAGAGGAACCAAAACAGAUCCUGUUUAUUGGCUGGACAGAUUGUCAGCUAUUUUCAGGUACACGAAUCCACAACUUGAUAACUCCAACCAGCCACAUCCCUGCCAGAGUGUUAUAACUGAAAUGUGGCCGAUUCUGUCUAACGUAUGUAAUAAGUACCAGGAGGAUGCUAGAAUUACGGAGAGAUGCUGCAGAUGUUUGAGGUACGCUGUGAGGUGCAUUGGACAACAUGCUGUUCACCUCCUGGAGCCUCUUGUCGAGCAAAUUGUCCAGUUAUAUCUGGCACAUCAGCACAGUUGUUUCCUGUAUCUUGGAUCAAUUCUGGUGGAUGAAUGUGCUGAUGAUCAUGACUGUGCGGCAGGACUUGUAAGAAUGCUGGAGGCAUUCAUCGGUCCCACAUUCACCAUUCUCCAACAGACUGAUGGACUCAAAAAUCAUCCUGAUACUGUUGACGAUCUUUUUCGACUGAGUGCGAGAUUUCUUCAGAAGGCUCCCAUUGCAUUUCUCCAUUCUGCUGCACUCAGCAGCAUCGUCGAUUGUGCUAUUAUGGCGUGCAGUCUCGAUCACAGGGAUGCCAAUGCCUCGGUGAUGAAGUUCUUCUAUGAUUUUCUUCACAGUGGACGAAAUCACGACGAGAGAUCGGACUUCACGAUCAGGAGACAGAUGGUACAAGAAGUAAUAAGGGAUAAGGGACAGAGGCUUGUGACUAGUCUUCUUCAUGCUGCUGUCUUUCAGCUGUCAUCGUAUAUGCUGCAGGAUGUCGCCGAUGUUCUUGCUGAACUCACACUCACUGAUUCAAUCUCAAUGGCCACUUGGCUUUACGAAGCCAUUUCGGCGAUGCCUGUUCAGAAUGUUGAAGGCUCACCAACAGCCACUCCAGAUCAAGUUGCGGAAUUUCAUAAUGCUGUUUUGGCACCCAAAAUGUCACCCAAAAAUGUCAUGCAUGCAUUGCGAACUUUUGCACGACUGUUUCGCUGAUUAUGGGGUUGAUGAUGACGAUAUGACGACGAUUUUUAAUGUGGAUUGAGUGAGGAAGUAACUUGGGGUUGUUAGUUGGGAGAGGGGAAGGAGGGGUUAUUCGUAUUAAUUCAAACCGAUGCUGUGGUACAAAAAAAGGUAGCUCAGGGCCUUAGGAGCAGAGGGCCCUUGUGGUCUUGGACAACAGGGGCAUUGACCCAGUGGACACAGUUAUUUUUUGCCUGUCUGAUUAUUUAGUUUUUUUUAUUCAAAUAAGCUUGCAAUGAGCUUGCAAUAGUCGCCAGGCAAUGAAAUUUGUGUUGGUGCAAAAGUUUAUGAGAUUAGAGGUAUUAAUGGAAAUUUUAUGUUGCAUAAAAAAAAGAUCGUUGCUUGAAAUUUAUUUAAUGAGGAUUCAUCUGAUUUAUUACUUUUUAAAUUUCAGCUGUAAGAUCAGCUAGGGCUUAUUAAUAUUAUGAUAUUGGGGAGGAUCUGUUCAAAUUGAAAUCUUCAACUAGAUGAUUAAUUAUUCACAAUAAUUUGCCCCAAAAAGGCAGAUAAAUCUGAAAAAUUGUCUGAAAGAAUAUAUCUCAUAAUUCUAGUUGCAAUAGAUCCAACUCAAUGUCGGUAUUUAAAAGAAUUGGUUCAAUUCCUCUCAUGAAAACUUACUAUUUCAUUUACGUCAGUUAUACUAGGGCUCGGACAAACAUGCAAUUGACACUUGUUCACAAUUUUUUAUCUGCCUCUACAUUAUUUUUUUUUACUUCAAAUGUGACAUUGAACGGGCUCUUGGACUGUAUCAUUAUUAAUUCCUUGACACUGUGGAAAUUAAUUUGAGAAGACAAAACACUUGAAAUGUAUUUUUUUUUAAACCGCAACAUUGAGUUAAAUAUAUCUAAAUCAGUGUUCUGGGGUCUUCUGUAUCCCUUCCCUGAGUUACGGAUUUUCACCAAAAAAACGUCGAUAUGGGGAACAGUUAAUGUGGAGAACGGUCCAUCAAUGUUACCGUUAAUGAAAUCAUUCAAAUAAUUUUCCUCAAGUGCAAUUUUCCCGGUCAAAUUCGAUGUUUGAUCUGGCAGACCGAUUUUUUUUACAUUGAUUUUAAUCACGGACACAGAAUUCCUACCUAUUAAAGCGUUAGGUAUAUCUUACAAGACAUUGAUUAAUCCGUCUUCCCACAAUUUUUUACACACAUUUUCAAGACACGAAUAUUGUCGCGUUCUCAUUUGGUGGCAUUGGUGGACUUUAUACGAAUCAAUGAAAAUGAGACAAGAUGGGUGAUGAGAGACGAGGUCAACGGAGUGAGACUGUCAUUGUAUUAUAAUGAAUAUAGAAAAAAACACGUUUUUUUUUCUCUGUAAAUUGAUCAUGAGAAGUCUAUGUUUGGGGUGUGUCUGUCUUAAAUAUUAUUAUAGAUACGUGUCUGACAGUGCAUUUGAUUACAAAUCGUUUACACGAUGACUCAUGUUGUAACUAUACAUCUCUCCAGUUCGUAAUACAUGAAAUUCAUCUAAUAAA